AUGUCUGAGGCCAAAGAUAUCGCCAGCACGGCGGAGCAAUCCUCUGUUGCAUCACCGUCUGCCUCUCUACCAUUUCAGUCCUCGAUAGCGCCUGAAACAGCAAACCCGGGUUCGUCUAUUACUUCACAGACUGGCCAGACCAACAUCACAGCCACUAUUGCACCUGCUAUCGACCCUGAAGAGUCUGACGAUGGGUCUUCUGCGAGAGGAGAGAGCGUUGCUUCUUCUAGCAUCAGCGUGACAGAUUCUGUUCUUCAGUAUCGAAUCGAGAACGGAAGAACGUACCACAAGUACAAAGAUGGAAAAUACUCGCUUCCUAACGAUGAGAGGGAAAAUGAGCGACUUGGUAAGAGCACCAUGAGUUCAUUUGUGUACUCGACGACCAGACUGGUUGCUCACGAUGGCUCACCAACAAGAACAGAUGUCCAGCACAACAUGUUCCUUCUCAGUUUCGAUAACAAGUUGGGAACGGCUCCCCCAAACAUCAGAGGCUCCAAUGUAGAAGUCAAACGCGUGCUUGACGUUGGAACGGGAACCGGCAUUUGGGCCAUGGAGUUUGGCGAUGAUCAUCCCGAAGCCGAGGUUAUUUGUCCGUCAUUCAAGGUUCUGGGAAUUGAUCUCUCAGCAAUCCAGCCGAUGUUCACCCCUCCAAACGUCAAAUUCGAGAUCGAUGAUGUCGACGAACCAUGGACGUAUUCUCAGCCCUUCGAUUACAUUCACACCCGGAUGAUGACCUCUAGCAUUGGCAACUGGAAGGAAUACAUCCAAAAAUGUUUCGACAAUCUGGAACCCAAUGGCUAUCUCGAGCUGAACGAAAUUGAUCUCACACCAGGUUGUGACGAUGGAACUCUCAAGGAUAGCCACGCACUGGUGAAAAUGGCACGCCUUUGGGGCGACGCCGCGGAGCACUUUGGCCGUCCGUUCCAGAACAAUAGAGAUCUGGUGGAUACCAUGGCCGAUGUUGGGUUUGUCGAUAUCCAUGCUCAGACAUUCAAAUGGCCCUCGAACCCGUGGCCCAGAGACAAAAAGCACAAAGAGCUGGGCUACUGGAACUACGACAACUCGGUUGCCGGCCUCGAGGCCUUUAUGAUGGCUCCUUUUACCAGAGUUCACGGUUGGACCAAAGAGGAAGUUACAGUGUUUGCGAUGCAAGUACGAAACGAGAUGAAAGACCCAACCAUCCACUCUUACUCCAACAUUUGGUCGAUAUAUGGCAGAAAGCCUGAGAGACAAGAUAGUACCUCGGGAAAUUGA